AUGACCGAAAAUACUCCUACUAGACAACAUCAUCCAUCAUUGACUUCCUUAAAUAUUGGUAGUUUUUCUACAUCACCAGGUAGUAAUACUACUUUCAAUCGUAGUCGUCGUUCAUCAUGGUCUGAUUCAAAAAAAGUUUGGAAUGUCUCUGAUGAAGCAGAAAGCUAUUCUGAUUCACGUACAUUGAUAUUAAAAAAAUUAGAUAUUUAUUAUCGUAAAGUAAAACGUCAAAUUCUUUCUUUUCAAAGUUUAACAACUGGUCUUUUUCCAAAUCAUCUCGAACCAAAUAAAAAUGUAGCACAUGUUGUUGAAAAUGUCUUUUGUGCUAUUGCCGUAUGGGCAUUACGACAAUGUUAUUGUAAAAUAGAUAAUGAUCAAGGACGAGCACAUGAAUUAGGACAAGCAGCUGUUAAAUGUAUGCGUGGAAUUCUUAAUUGUUGGAUGAAACAAGCAAAAAAAGUUGAAAUAUUUAAAAGUGAACAAUCACCACAUGAUGCCUUACAUUCGAAAUUUAAUGUUUUCGAUGGUAGUGAAAUUGAAGGUGCCGAUGAAGUUGGUCAAUUACAAAUAUGUGCUAUUUCAAUUUAUUUACUUACACUUGUUCAAAUGAUAACAUCAAAUCUUGAAAUUAUUUUUUCUAUAGAUGAAGUUGAUUUUGUGCAACAACUUAUUUUUUCGAUUGAACGUGCUUAUCGUACACCUGAUUAUGGUAUAUGGGAACGAGGAAGCAAAUAUAAUACAAAUACAUGUGAACUUCAUGCUAGUUCAAUCGGUAUGGCAAAAGCAGCACUUGAAGCGAUGAAUGGUUUUAAUUUAUAUGGUGAUCAAGGAGCUAACUGGUCUGUAGUUUAUGUUGAUGUGGAUGCUCAUAAUCGAAAUCGAACAACAUUUGAUACACUUCUACCACGUGAAUCAGCAUCAAAAAAUACGGAUGCUGCUUUAUUAUUGACAGUUGGUUGGCCAACAUUUUCUAUACAUAAUGAAACACUUGUAGAAAGUACAAUAAGAAAAUGUAUAAGAAAAUUACGCGGUACACAUGGUUUUAAACGAUUUUUACGUGAUGGUCAAUAUACAGAUUUAGAAUCAAAAGGUGAAAGAUUUUAUCAAGAAGCAGAAAUUAAAAAAUUUGAUAAAAAUGAAUGUGAAUGGCCUAUGUUUUUUGCAGUAAUGGCAAUCGAUGGUAUCUUCAAAAAUAAUCAAACUCAAGUUGACGAAUAUUUAAAUGCAUUAAAUCCUCUUUUACGACGAACAACUGAAGGUGACAUGAUGGCUCAUUAUUAUUAUAUUGAUCAUGCUAAACAACAAAGCAGUGCAGAAAGUGAAUCUAGUGAACGUAGCACUAAUCAACAGAUCCCAUUUGCUUGUAGUGCAGAAAUUCUUCAAGGAAAUUUUUUUCUUUUUGGUCAAUCUGUUUGGAUUAUAUGUCAAUUACUUGUUGAUAAACUUUUAACAGUUACUGACCUCGAUCCUAUUCGACGUUAUUUACCUCCAUGUGAUCGACCAAAACCAAACUCAAGAUAUUCAUCUAUACAAGAUGCAUCACGUUAUCAAUAUUCACCAAACAUACCUAAAUUAAUAGCAAAUCAACCAGGUGAUACAAAAAAACACCUAAGUAGAUCAAUGUUAUCAAAUGUAACUGUUUCGGAUCUCGUCAUUCAUAUUGUUGCUAUAUCAGAAUCAGUUCGUUUACAACAAGUAUUAGCAACAUAUGGUAUUCAAACUCAAACACCAAAACAAAUUGAACCAAUUUUAAUAUGGCCACCAGCAGAAUUAGUUAAUGCAUAUGGACAUUUAGGUGCUAAUGGAAAAUUUGGUUUUAGUGGACGUCCUAUGCGACCGAUUGGUGUACUUGGUUCAUGUAAAGUCUAUCAAAUUGGUUCAAAAACAAUCAUAUGUUACCCAUUAACAUUUGAAACAACAGACUUUUAUAUGUCAAGUGACAUGACUUUACUAUUAGAUAAUAUUCGAAGUGAUUUGGAAUUUAUUACAAGAUGUUGGCGUCUUAAAGGUCGACCAAUUUAUUUAAUAAUGUUACGUGAACAUCAUCUUCGAUCAGAUGUCUUAGAAUUAUUAACUCAAAUUCGUCAAGGCAAAGUUUCAUCAACUAUAUGUGUACGACUUGAACGUUUACAAACAGCUAUAUCAAGUGCUUGUAUGGAACAUCUUGAUUUUUUAAAUAAUUCAAUAUGUUCAACGAUUGAAUGGGAAUCAGUUGCUGUAACUGAAUAUAGAAAUGCAAAUGAUAUUGGUCAUUAUAAAUCCUUAACAGAUAUAACAAAAACCGUUAUUCUCAGUGACGAUAUUGAUUAUACUAAUCAUGAAUUUAAAGAUCGACAUGAAAUAGACUUACGUAAUUUUAUCUGUAAUACAGAUGUAGCACUAGGCUCAUUAAAGAAACAUGCAUUGGCUACAUAUGAAUUAUAUUUACGUGGCGGUCUUGAUUGGAUGAUUAAAGAUAACUAUCGUGUGAAAAAUCAUCUACAAUGUUUAAUGAAAGAAGCAACAACAUGUCAAAAUUGGGCUGUUAUUCGUUUUGUAUCGAGUCUGUUACAUAAAAUGGUUGAUAGUUUAGCUCCAUCUGUUACUAAUUUACUCGUACGAGGGAAAAUAGUCACUAUUGGAGUUUUUGGUCAUGAAGAAUCAGUUAUUGAUAAACCGAUGCGUCCAAAUGAAAUUUUUAAGAUACUUUAUAGUGAUAAUGUCUUUGGUCGUAGUAUAUUUCAUGCUGUUCUUUUACAAGAAUUACUUCUUAAUAUUUCAGUAUUUAUGAACACAUUUCCACAACUUUUUAAUGGUAUUCUUAAAAUACGACUUGGAUGGCUACUUGAAGCAAUGAAACUUGGGUUAGAAUUUUUCAGAACUGAGGCUGAGGAGACUGUCACAUUAAAUACAAUAUCACCAAAUGAUAUCAAACAAUUACUUUAUUAUGUUUUAACAACUAAUUCACAACAAUCAUCAUUACAAGGUGCUGAUAUCGAAGCAAGAUCAUCAUUUCAAAAACGACAAAUGGAUGGAGCUUUAUCACGUGUGCCGACGAAUUUUUAUGAACAUGUUUGGUCUAUACUUGAACGAACACCAAAAGGAAUUAAAUUGUGCAAUAUUUUACUUCCACAACAACCAACAUUAUCUGAUAUGACAGAUUAUGAAUUAAAUUUUUCAUUGAAAAUUGAAGAAAUGUUAAGUCGAGUUUUUGAUCCAGCUUAUCGUUGUCUUGUUGUAGAAAUGUUUGAAGCAAUAAAUGUUUUACUUCAACGUAAUCCAGAAUUAUGUUUUAUUCAACCGCUUGAUGUUGAUUAUUUAAUAAAUGAAGCAGUUAAAUUAUUUCAACAACAAAAUAAUUCAGUAGAUCCUUAUAAAGAUUUUUAUAAUCUUCCAAUUAGUCUUGUUGGUGGUUCAACUGGUUAUAUGAUUCAAGUUAUAAUUAAUUAUCUAUUUAAUGUUCAUAUUCAAAAAUCGGAUUUUGCUGAUAUAAAUGUUGGUGCCAACACUAAUAUAUGCAAGAUUUCAUGA